AUGAACGACGAUCCACGAUACUGGUAUGCGAUUGACAGUCAAGUUAAUGUUUCGUCAGAACGAUUCAAACAUGGCACAUCAAGCCUAAAGUGGGAAGCCGGCUCAGGAUCGUCACUGACGUAUACGAACCCAGAAGCGUUUCGAUCGAUCAAAUGGGCGAAUAAUAAAUGUUUUGCGCUGUGGUUUUAUUGCAAUCAGGAAAUCGAAUUCGAUGAAAACACUGCACUACAACCUAUGGAUAUCGAAUUUCUCACUGCUACAGAUAGUACACCUGUAGCUCGCAUUUGGUAUCAUAUUAACUAUUCCGGUUGGCGAGCAUUGGGUUUACGUUAUGCACUUCUACCACAGUUUAAGAAUAAUCUAACUCGAAUUCAUGGAAUUCGCAUAUCUUUACCAUCGAAUAUUCCCGAUGGUGUCUACUUUUUGAAUGGAAUUAAUUUUGAUUAUACGCAUUCUACUGGACCACAAGCUGAUUAUCAGCAACCAUGGACUAGUGACAUCAGACGAUUAGAAGACAAUCCAUCUACAUGGUUGUUCAAUCCAAAGAACAUCUUUCAUAAUCGUCCAUGGUUAGAAGAGCAACAUCCGACUGUUUCGGAUGAUGAUGUUAAUAAAGUGAAAGAUCGGUGGUUACGGAGUUUGCCCUAUGCGACAUGGGCACCAAGUGCAAAACCCGAAUCUUUUAAUAAACUACAAGAAUUAUCAGCAGUGUAUGGAAUUAAGCCUAAUAAUAUUUCGAAUGUUCCAUUAGGUAAAGGUGCAUUCUAUUCACCAGAAAAUGCACUAGAUAUUCAACCUUUCCUAUUGGGCCCACUGCGACGAACAGCGACAACUUAUCAAUGCCAUCGACACCAAAAAACGUUCGAAAGUGAAGAAGGUCAAAAUGUUUGGAAGCUAUUACUUCAAUUGUGCGAUUAUCUCUUGGAGCAAGGUUGGUCAGAAGGAAAUUUAAACCUUUCAGGACAUCUAGAUAUCGGAUACGAAAUUCGAAAUUUCCCCAUGUGCUUUGUUUAUAUUCGCGAUCAAUUGAAUGAAGUUAAUCGAUUACAACCAAUCAUCACAUCAGCUAUAUGGAUUAUGUAUGGACAUUUACUAACUGAAAAACAAACAUCAAUCAUGAGUACAGAUAUCAUUCAUAAUUAUCUAACUAAUGUGUCUCGAUUGAUUGUUUGUAUACCUGAACCGAAUGAACUUCUUCGACGACUUAUCGCGUUUCGAUAUACCUUGAUUUAUUCAUUUGAAAAUCGAAUCCAUGAGCCACUGGCUUUAGACGGAACUGUACAUCAUCAUUGGAUGUGCCAUUUUGAAUAUACAUCCUAUUCAUUACCUGAUGUGUUGAAUUUUGCAUCGGACCUGAACGAUACAGGACUCCACUUUCCGGAUAAUAUUCGUCGCCUUCUUCGUCGUUGUGUGCAUACCUUGAAUUUCUGUUUGAUUGAAAACAACACAAUACCGCCAAAUCUUGGUGCUCGUGCUGGAAAGACUGUUGCAUGCAAUGGAAUUAAUAUGACGAAAAAAUGUGUAUGUAUUUGCGAUCAGGAAUAUGGUUACGAUCCAUUUGUCGCUGGAAUGCUUGUGGAUAUGUGUCCAAAAAGUGAUAAAAGUAUCGCAACGUAUUUGAAAGAUGGCGUCGAUUCAGUUCCACUGAUAGGUCAUUUAACGCUCAAUUCUACUGCUGCUUGUAUUCAUCGACGUGAAGAUUUCUUUGCCUGCAUUAUUGGCAUGGGUAAAAAUCGACGUGGUUUGGAAAUCUACGGUUGGUUAUCGGAUACAAAUAACUAUGGCAAAUAUGUUCGUAAUUGUUCGAUAUUUAUCGUUCCACCCGACGAUCACGGUGCCGUGAAAUAUUCGAAUACGGGUUGUGCAUUUCCUGGCUGGAACUGGUCACACUGGCCUGGUACAACCUGUCUUUUGAGACCGCGUUCAGAACUAUUCGAAGGUUAUUGUAAUUUAACAGCCAAGAAUUGGUUCGCUGGCGGAACAUCGAUAGCAGGUCGUGAUGGCAUGUUUAGUAAUGAUUUUUUCGUCUGGGACAUUGCUUUGCGUCGGUCAGUUUAUUGUUUUGAUAAUCGUAUUACUGUUUUAACAUCGAACAUUAAAUUAUUACAACAUGAAAAACGACCAGUUAUAACAACACUGUUUCAAUCGAACUUUUCGAAUUUAGAAAAACUUGAACAAACACCAUUUCGGUUGAAUCAUGACGAAGAAAUGAGCGGUUUCCCUGAGGAAAGAGUCUUCGAUAACCAGGAAUUAAAUUCCAUAACUGAUCAUCGAAACUUGUGUUAUUAUUUACAUCCGAAGGAUAAUUCCAAGCAAGCAUAUCGGAUCACACUACGACGCAGCGAACAAGAUAUGAUCUAUUGCAAUGCAUACUAUUUAAUCGAUGGUAAACAAAACCCGAUUAUUGACAUGAAAUCAAAAAAGUUCAAAGAACCAGUCUUUGAAGAUAAUGAAAAAUACUUCAAAACAACGAAAGACAAAUACGGUCUCGGGUAUAUUGAACAUUUAAAUGUCGAAGAUAGCACCGCAUCAUUCGUUUACACAAUUCUCAUUGGAAAUCAUCCAACACAGGAAUGGAUGGAUGAAUUUUCGCGUUCAGGAGAUGAUCCUUGGUCAUCGACCGACCUAUCUGAUUUACCUCCUUCAAUUAUUUUCUCAAAGGAAAAUGAUACCCAUAUCUUCUAUGAUCGAGAUACAGAUACCACUUGUUACACAUGUUAUUCCAAAGACCGUCUCAACGUUGAUCUCGGUCUCGUACGAUCAUUUGGGCAGCCAUGCACGGCAAUGAUACGUGGUCGUGGACCUGGUACGGUUCGAAUAAGUAUUGCAACGACGGAUUUUAUGCUCAAUGAAACCUUGUGGAUGGUAUUGAAAGGUAAAUGGAAUAAUCCGGAGUUGACCAGUGAUGAUGAAAAUGGCUGUGUUCAUGUCAGGUCUGAAGUUAUGGAAGAUGGUGAUACGAAAAUUACCGUUUGGCAACGAAUCUACAUGCCAGUUGAAUUUCACAUAACAGAAGAAUCUGAAUAA